GCCUGCGCGCCACGGGCCGGGCCCUGGCCCAGGUUGUGAGGAGGGGCGACUCCUGAAGGGAAGAAGCGGACAGGGAACCUGGGGGCGAAGGAAUCUCGAGGGAGGAAGUGGCAGGAAGGAAGCAGCUAGAGGGAAGAGGCCUCAAGGCGGAUUUGGAGCUGUGGCGACAGCUCAGGGCCUGCCUGUCCAUGGCUGCCAGCUGUCCUCUAAACACAGACCUUAACACCCCCUAGCUCGGCUUUCCAACCUUCAGCAGCCCCCUUUUGACCACUGGAUGAACGCCUUGGCAUUUGCUACAGCUUGGCCUCAGCCUGCCCUGGGGCCUCGUGUGACUGCCUUUCCCUGCAUCCAAGUGUCACUCCGGUUUCACGCUGUGGGCCCCCUCCUCUGCCUGGAUGCCUGUUCCCACCUGAACAGCCCCUCCCCAAACUUCAAAAUUCUGACCAAAGCCUUGCCCACUUCACCCUGGACUAAUCGUCCUAUGUUCCUAUGGCUUUUCCUACGUGUAUUGGGAUCCUCUGAGGCAGCCUCUCUAGGCAGCUUGUGAGCUUCUGUUGAGGGCAGGGGCCUUUUCUUACCACCUGAGCCCCUGUGCCCAGUCCUGAGAGCUGGCACAUACCUUAGCCUUAAGCAAUGAGCAAUUGAAACAAAGGCGAGAGUUUUCUCGCUUCCAGAUCCUUAAACACUGACCAUGUGGAAGGCUGCGGGAUCGGGGCUGGUAUGGGUUUGGCUGUGCGCAGGGAAAGCAUGCAGGCAAUAUGACCGCACCAAGCAGAAUGGCAAACCACUUUUCUAAAUUGGCAAAGCCCCCUACCAUUUACAAAAUAGUGGGGAAAAACGUACUGGAUGGACUGGGGCUUCCAACCCUACAAGUGGAAACAUUCUGCACCAUUCAAAACUUUCCCAAGAACAUAUGUUCUGUGGUGAUCUCGACUCACUUCGAAGUCCACGAGGGCGCUGCGCCUGAGCUGGCUGACGUGGAGGAGGCAGAGAGGGCCAGCGCGGUCAGCACAGCUGUGCACUGGGUCAACGGCCCCAUCUUCCAGGAGCUUCAGGGCCUCGUCCCCACCAACCAAGCAGCAGUGGAUCACCUGCUCAGGAUAUUCUUUGCAAAUAAAGUACAAGAAGAUAAGGAGAGAAAAGAAUUGGAAAUGAGCCUGGAAGACUCAACAGGGCCUACGCCUUUACCUCCAAUACCACCACCCCCUCCUCCUCCUCCUACAAAAAGAAAAGGACAAAAGCAAGGAAGGAACGAUGCUGUUUCAGAGAAACCUAUUCCACCUGCAGAACCUGUUGAACCUGUACUCUGUGGCAGUAUGGCCAUAGGGGCCGUGUCACUAGCUGUGGCCAAAACCAGUGCCAUACUGGGCAAUAAUCCUCUAUACAUAAACAUUGCAUUACUGAAGCACAACCAGGAACAGCCAUCGACGCUGACUGUACCUUUGCUGAUGGUAACCCUGGUCAGCUGUGGGAAGUCAUCACCUGGGAAGCUAAAUUUAAUGAAAGAACUGAUUUGUAUACCCCAUCCUGAACUAACCACCAAACAAGGUGUGGAGAUGCUUAUGGAAAUUCAGAAAAAUAUUAUCAAAAUCAUUGAAACGCAACCUCCUCCAAAACCAGAGACCAAAAAAGGGCAUGAUGGAGGCAAAAGAGGUCAACAGCCGAUCACUGGCAAGAUGUCCCAUUUUGGCUGUUUAACCAUUAACUAUGACACCAUAGAUCAGCCACUGCUUCUACUACAGGGGAUCUGUGCGAACUUAGGGCUGGAACUGGGAACAAAUCUGCAUCUAGCCAUCAACUGUGCUGGACACGAGUUGAUGGACUAUAGUAAAGGAAAGUAUGAAGUGAUGGUGGGCACAUAUAAAAGUGCAGCUGAGAUGGUUGACCUGUAUGUGGAUCUGAUCAAUAAGUACCCUUCAAUCAUUGCCUUCAUUGAUCCUUUCAGGAAGGAGGACUCUGAACAGUGGGACAGCAUCUAUAAUGCACUUGGUUCCAGGUGUUACAUAAUUGCAGGAACUGCAUCCAAAAGCAUUUCUAAACUUCUAGAGCAUGGAAACAUCAACAUCCCCAAAUCUAAUGGGCUGAUCAUAAGACAUACAAAUGAAACUACGAUGUCUGACUUGGUGGAAAUAACCAAUCUUGCUGACAGUAAGAAGCACAUCAUCUUUGGAAGUGCAGAAGGAGAAGCGUCUGAUGACAGCCUUGUCGAUUUGGCUGUUGGGCUUGGUGUCCGGUUUAUCAAGUUGGGGGGUCUUUCUCGUGGUGAACGGGUGACUAAAUACAACCGCCUUCUUACUAUAGAGGAAGAACUUGUCCAGAGUGGAACACUGGGUUUCAACGAAGAACACACUUUUUUGUACUUUAAUGAGGAAGCUGAAAAGGCUGCCGAGGCACCUGAAGUGCUUGAGCCCCUGGAGCCCACCUUCCCCACCGAAGUCGUAAAGGAACCUCACAAAACACAAGCGUCUUUUGCAUAGGGCUGGUCCACACCCCGGUCCGCAGCCACACCGUUGUUGGUAUUAUCGGACCAGCAGGUUUGGAGUGUGUCUCCACAGUGGGUUUGCUCUUAAAUGUCACUAACUCAUGUGUUCUUUUUCUUCUUUGAAUUUCACUGUUUGGUAAAUACAUAUGUGGUGUUUUUGCCAGAAAUUGUAUAUGUGAACUUUGUUUCCCAACCAUCACAUUUCCAUGGGGAUUUUAUUUGUGUGCUUAGCCCUACUGUCCAUCUUUCAGGGUCACGGUCCAGUAAAAGAGGUCAGUAUUUUUGCUACCAACUCCACACUCAAACACCUUAUCCUUUAUAAAUCAGAACACCUCUGAAAGCAGAAGCCUAAUGACACCAGAAGCACUCUGUGCCAGGAACAGGUGUACAUCGUCUGUGUUUAUUGUAUACAUAUGUGCUGGAAAGCACAGGCACAUUUUUAUAGUCAAGCUUAUGCAGAAGUAUGAGAGCCUCACUAUUUUUUGUAACAUUCCAACAACUUCAUCUCACUUUCCUGCCCUUAAUUCCCUUUUCCCUGAUUCCCUCCCUCUUUUUAAGUUUUAGUUUUUCUUGCAUUAUUAUCUUUGUGAGUCUCCUCAGAUCCUUUCUGGAACAAGAAUGGGUAUAAAUGAAUAAGCACAUCAGUGAAUGAAUAAAUAUUCUCAAGGUUAUUAAAUGCCCAUUUAUACUGCAUUUAAAAAGUGAUCAGCAAGUGAUUAAAAACAAUGUGACAUACAUGCUAACUGAACUGCCUCUUUUGUAAGCCAGUUAUAGCAGCAGUACCAGAAAUAAACAUAUUCAAACACAUACAUACAUAGACAUAAUAAUGUUCCAAGAGCUUUAUAUGACUUAAGGUCUCUGUUAAAAGUGUUACCAUUUGUCUUUC